AUGGUGGUCCCCAAGCUUUCCCACGCAACUUCUGCGACUUCCGUGUCGAAUAUUACCUUCGACGUGGAAGCCAUGACCCUUGAAGAAGUCUCCCAAUUUCUUGAAGGAUAUUCAACGCAGUACACUCUUGAAGAAGACCCUUCCAAGGCACUCUCCAUGGUUCAACAACACCCCGGCCUUUUACUGGCGUUGAUCGACACCAAAGUCCCAUCGAACCUGGAUAUCCUUGGAGAACGCGCUUACGGCCAUGCCUCUCAACGAUUCUUUCAACGAUCCACCAACUCGCAUUGGGUUCGCGAAGCAGAAGACAUUCGAGAACACGAACUCGCUGAAGGAAGUCCAAGCAAGCCCUUAUGGACCUACAUGGCCGAGCUUCAGCAUUUAAUUCCAGAAAGCGGCGAAUUCAAGGAAGUCUGGCACGAAACAUUUGGACUGCUACCACGCCUAAUUUAG